AUGGUAAUCUGUGGUUCUGUACUGAAAGUUAUCUGUGGCGAUUGCGGUCGGGUCGGGUGUUGCAUCAUCGAUUUAGGAAAAAUGACUGAAAAACUGGUUCCUGUAGUAAGAGCUGAUGAAGAAGAAGCUGAGGAAGAAGAAUUAGUUGAUCCGCAGCAGCAACUCAGGGAAGUCUGCUCACAGAAGCCUGAUGCCCAGAAUCUUUGGUCAAAAUACCAAGAAUGCAAUAACCGUGUAACCUCCCGUUCCAAAACAACCGAAACAUGCGAGGAGGAGUUGAUUGAUUACAUUCAUGUACUGGACAAGUGUGUCAACAAAGACCUUUUUAAGAGGUUAAAGUAA